UUUGAUAGCGGUAGGUACCACGAAAUACGACCUUCCCGAUUUGGCGUCGUCGCCAACUACCUACAACGGGUUUUUUUGUUCGAAAAAAUAUUCUCGAAACAAUUACAAUCGUAAUUUGUUACAAUAUUGACGAAUCCCUCUGCCAUGAACGGUCACGCCGUGCUGUUCGCCAUAAUCGCCGUACAGUUUUACUUGGCGUUUGACGAGGUCCGGUCGAUGUGGAUGGACGACGACAACGCCGGGGACGGCAACAGUUUGCACACGGUGUCGACGAACGCGAUCGGUGCGAUCAGCAUGUUGCUGACGGUCGCGUUUGGGGUCCGAUUGCGGCACGUCCAGCACUCGCUGAGCCGCGUGGAACGGUCACUACAAGUAGCGAACAACCAGAACGGCGAAUGCGCGGGCGUCGUGGCAACCGGACGUUGGUCGAUCGAAUACCGAACCCGCGCUUGGCUGGCUCUGGCGGUCGUCGUGUUCGGUUACCUCAAGUACGGUCUGCUGAUGGAGUACGGCCGGAAGAACGCGAUCGCAUCCGCCGUAGUGGCGUUGCUCAGUACGAUAUCGAUAGUCGGCAACUAUUACGUGACGCUCGUGUUCGUGGAUCACGUGUUUUUUGCCAAAAGAGUGUUGUACAAACUGAAUGUCCAGAUAAUGCAUACGGUCGGCUCGAUUUCGGCAUCGUUUCUGUCGGGAUUCUCCGUGUCGACCGCACGACUCGCGUACCUGGACAUAUGCGACGUUUGCACAACGCUGACGAGAGCGUUCCAAACGCAAUUGUUCAUCAACAUCGUCGGCAACGUGUUCGGCGUCACGUUCAUGAUGCUCUCCGCGUUCAACACGCUCAUGUCCGACGGCGCCAACACCAUCCGAAUCACGCUGUACUUUCUUUACGAGUCUCUCAUACGCACGCUGCAGAUGUACUUCAUCAUCGACGCUUGCCAUACGACCGUCGAACAGGCGAAUUUCAUUAAUAUCACAUUUCAGAAGAAAAUGAAUGAAUAUAAUGAAGUAAACCUCACAAAAAGAAAGGUACAAUUAUUCAUUUUGGAGAUGUUGGAUCAUAAAAUAGAAUUUGUUAUUUAUGGUUUUAUUUGUCUGGACUUUGAAAUGUUUGUAUCGAUAAUAGGUACCAUAGCUACGUAUUUUCUGAUUUUGGUUCAAUUAGGAUCUUCGCCAGAUGCCUUGGUAAAACCGUUGAACUCAACAAUACCCAUUGCAAACAAUACAAAAUUAAACUAAAUUACUAUCACUUACAUUAAACAGUACAAUUCCAUUAAAAUUUUCUUUCAGUCAUGGGAUAUAACUUGUUAGCUAUUUCAACAUUUUGAGUGACAUGUUAUUGUAACAUCAAAAUAAAACAAGCAUAUUUAUCAUAAUAGUCACUGGAUUGGAUGAUAUUUUUAAAUUUUAAAGCAAUUUAACUUUAACAAUGGCGCUGAGCUAUACACAGUUUGAUUUUUCAAGUAUGAAAAUAUAUUAUGUUAAAUAAAAAUGCAAGCUUAUACUCGUGAAUGUUUGUCACAAAUUUCUUAACAACUACAAAAUAAUAAAAAUUGAAUAACUGUACACUCAUAAUAAGAGUAUAAGAUUCACAUCUAUUGCUAUUAAGUAUAUUAUAAUUUAUAUUUUAUUAUAAUUCUUUUUUCUAUUAAAUCACUUUUAUAAACGCCUAAAUAAAUAGGUUUUCAUAUUUGUUUAACAUUAACCUUAAGCCUAAAACUAUAAGAGUAUAAUAAUAAUAACAAGGUUUUUAGAUGUGCUUUUCCAGGUUCAUUGUUGAAGGUCACAACUACUAUGGCAUUAUUACGCUUGACGUCUGUCCUUUGGUUAAAAACAUAGGAAACUGUCAAACAGUGUUUUUGAUUUAACUACUGCAACCAAAAAAACUUUCAAAUAUAAUUAUAUAAUAUCACGAUCGUGAUUUGUAAAUAAAGCAAAGACAUAUGAAUAAUAUUGUUAUAAUCUUACCCAUUCAAAUGGAUUCAGAUUAAAGCAUUAUACCAAUGUAAAAUUAAACAAUAAAGGUGUAUUUCAGUAGAUACAAUAGAUCGUAUAAUAUUUAUAUUAUAUUUUGUUUAGAUAUGGCACAUCAGACAUA